CACCACCACCAACACUCCACCUCCGAUCCAUCCCUCGCCGUCGAUCUCGCCAGCAGUCCACAUAGACGCGCCGGCGACUAGCUUAGGGAGCGCUAGAAGUUUACUGCUCGCUAGACACAGUCCCUACAUUUUAUGGAAGAAGCUUCAACUCUCUGUAUUUUCAGUUAUCAUUCUGUGUUGGUAUGUAGUUGAACGGGAUUGGACAUUAUCUGUUACUCAUAGAGUUGUUAUCGAAACCAUGGCACUGCGAUUGGUGACUAGGAAGUUAGGGAGUAAGCUCUUACCAAUGUGCUCUUCUGCUUCUCUACUGCAUUCACAUGCGACUAGCUUUGGAUAUAAAGAAGUACGGGAAGAAGAUAAAAGUCAAUUGGUUGGUAAUGUCUUCAGCAGUGUUGCUUCUAACUAUGAUCUCAUGAAUGAUUUGAUGAGUGGUGGAUUGCAUAGAUUAUGGAAGGAUAGAUUGGUUUCCAAACUGAAUCCAUUCCCAGGAAUGAAGCAUCUUGAUGUGGCUGGUGGAACAGGUCAGUUUAACUUAUGUUAUAACUAUUUGCAGCUUAUGUACAGGUAUCAGGCUCACUAG